AUGGGCCUCCCUCUGCCACCAAAGUUUCUGGCGUCCCUCUUGGGCUUCCUCUGGCCGGCUCUUCCCCUCAUCUUGGGACUUUCCUUGGGCUGCAGUCUUAGCCUCUUGCAGAUGUCCUGGAUUCGCGGGGAUGAAGAUGCUUGUAUAGGGAAGGCCCAGAAUUUCCAGGGGCCACAAGUUGGAAAACAAAAGCCACAGAUGAAUGAGCUAAAACCCCAAAUAAUUCCUUAUUACCGGAACCUCCAGACACCUAGUCAGAGAGUACAGAGAUCUCGAUACAUCCGGUCUGAUCUCUCGGUGCUGGUUUUAUCUUCACGUCCCGCACUGAACACUCUUGCUGUGGCUAUAAACCAGACUCUCUCUUCUCAUGUGAACCACCUAAUGUUCUUCACUGGAUCCCGAGGCCCAAAACUUCCACAAGGAAUGGAAAUAGUGUGUCAUGGGGAUGAAAGGCCAGCGUGGCUGAUGUACCACACGCUGCGCUAUAUAGAAGCACAUUUACUGUCUGUCUACGAUUGGUUCUACGUGACUCAGGAUGACUCGUAUACCAACGGACAUCGCCUGCAGGACGUGGCGUCUCAUCUCAAUCCUGGGCCCCCACAUUAUAUUGGUCGGCCUAUGGAGUUCAUUGGAGGGCAGGAUGAGUGGAGAUAUUGCCAUGGAGGAUCAGGAUACAUGUUGUCCAGAACCCUUCUCCUCAAUCUGGGUCCGCAUCUGGAGUUUUGUCUCUCUGAUAUUCUCAGCUCACGGCCAGAUGAAUGGUUGGGCCGCUGCAUCCAGGAUACUCUCGGAAUAGCGUGUGUGGGAGAGUAUCAGGGUCUCCAGUAUGUCUCAAUAGCUCUGCCACGAGAGGUGGAUGUGGACGAUGUUGAUGAGACCUUGCUGAGUAAAGCAUUCUCUGUGUACCCGCUUGUGGAGGCCACGCUCAUAUACAGACUGCAGCAUAAACUCAGCCAGAUUGUGCUGCGUCGGAUUUACCACAGGAUCCAGAAGCUGCAGAAUGAAAUCCAAAACCUUUCUUCUCUGACCCCAAAACCAGAAGUGGGCGUCUCUUGGCCAGCAGGUAUAAACCCCCCUUACAAGCCCACUUCACAACAUGAUGUGCUGUCCUGGGAGUAUUUUACAGAAACACAUUCUUUCUCCUGCCCUGAUGGGACUCCGAAGUGCCCACUACAGGGUAUGUGGCUGCAUGAUGUACAGCAGGUCCUACAAGAGGCUUUAGAACAUCUGAACCACCGCCACAAUCCAUGGCUCCACUUCCGCCUGCAGCGCCUGCUCAAUGGCUAUCGGCGUUUUGACCCAACCCGUGGAAUGGAAUAUAUUUUGGAUGUGUUGCUGGAGACUACCACAGAGAACAGCCAUGUUGGUUCAACGAGCAAACGGUUCACACUUCUGCGUCCGUUGAGCAAGGUAGAGCUUCUUCCUAUGCCUUAUGUGACGGAGGCCACCCCCGUGCAGUUAGUGCUGCCCCUGAUAGCUGCAGAUGCUGGACAUGUUCCUGGGUUCUUAGAUGCUUUUGCCACUAAUCUUUUGGACCUGCAAGAGAAUGUGGCGCUCACUGUUCUUCUUGUGUAUGAUAUGGGCUCUGUAGUUCAGGAAGGCGACAUCUUUAAAGAGAUUCGUAGGAUCAUGGCAGAGCUGGAAAACAGGUACCCACACCUAAAGGUGGAGCUGGUGAGUGUCCACACUGAAAGGCCUUCCCAGAUCCAGCUUAUUGAUGUGGUAGCAAAGAAGCAUCCAGCGGAGACUCUCUUCUUCUUGGUCGGGGUGUGGAGUGAGGUGACGGUAGAUGCUCUGAACCGCUGCCGGAUGAACGCUAUUUCUUCAUGGCAAGUUUUCUCCCCGGUGCACAGGAAUCAGGAAUACAGCCCGGACGUUUUACGGCACGGCUUCCCUGCACCUCCUCCUCCUCCUGCAGGCCAUCUUCGUGAUGGACAUUUUGACCGCUUUUCUUCCUCAGGGUUCUGUUUUUAUAAUUCAGACUUUACGGCAGCCUAUGGAAGGAUGACCUCAGAGGAUGUUACAGAAGAUGGGGCCACAGAACUAUUGGAGCUGUUCCUGCAAUAUUCUGAGCUGCAUGUUUUUCGUGCUCUGGAGCCAGCGUUGGUUCAGCGGUUCUCUGGACGAACAUGCAGCCAUCACCUGUCUGGAGACGGAAAUCACCGCUGUGUGCUCAGCAACCUGGAGGCGCUGGGUUCCCGAAUACACCUGGCACUGGCUUUGUAUGAACAAGAUCAGACCAAUAAUACUUAG